AUGCUAGGCGGCGGUUAUCCCCGGCGGAAUUCGUGCAUCAGAAUUAAUAUUAGCCGAUGGGGCGGAACAAAUGUCGCGUGGGCGAAAGCUUCGGGUGGGGGUGAAGGGCGGCCGUGCAAAACAUCCCCUGCAGGAAACUCGAACAGCUUGUGUACAGUAUUAAUAAACCAAUCUCGGGGUGGCGUGCAAGCAGAGGGGCAUUCAGGGUGGCACUCAAUCAAAGCUAUUAAAAGCUUUUUCUCGUCGACUACGCACGGCGAUGAUGUUGAUGAUGAUGAUGAUGAUUGUAACCCGGUUGGUAAUGGUUAUGGUGGUUAUAAUGGUUACCGCUCGCUAUAG